GGCGGGUCAAACAAUUCACUUCCUGCCCAGUUUAGCAACCAAACGCCCCAUUCGUUCCACGCUCAGUCCUAAACACGUGUUGUUAGAGUAGCUGCGUGUUGAAGUUCCUCCAGCUUUUGAGAAUCGAAACAAGCUGUUUUAGCUACAUAACGAUUUAUUUUUGAAUUUCCCAAAACCUCAAUCGUAGACGUAUAGUCCUCCGUGAAGCAUUCGCCGAGAGGAGAAAUAUCAGAAAUAAACGGAAGCAAGAAUGACUGAAGCCGAAGUGAAUCCCAAGGCCUACCCCCUGGCCGACGCCACACUUUCCAAAACCAUCCUGGACCUUGUGCAGCAAGCCUCCAACUACAAACAGUUGAGGAAAGGGGCCAAUGAGGCCACCAAGACAUUGAACCGUGGUAUCUCUGAGUUCAUUGUGAUGGCUGCUGAUGCUGAGCCACUGGAGAUCAUCCUCCACCUGCCGCUGCUUUGCGAGGACAAGAACGUCCCCUACGUGUUUGUGCGCUCUAAACAGGCCCUGGGGCGUGCCUGUGGGGUCUCCCGCCCCGUCAUCGCCACCUCAAUCACCAUCAAGGAGGGAUCUCAGCUGAAGCCCCAGAUCCAGUCUACCCAGAUGGCCAUUGAGAGACUGCUGGUCUGAUCUGGUUGCUGCUCUGCUCUCUGUAGUAUUGGAUAGUCUAAAGGACUAUGUCAGGCAAUUUAAUCGUAUGUUCUUUUGGAUAGUUGAAUUGAAUUGUCUUUGGAAGAUACAUUGUAUUUUGUCAGGGACAUACAAUGUUAUGUAAUUUACUCUUGUUUUGUGAUAAUAAAACAUUUCUUUUUACUAA